AUGCCCGCCCCAACAAUCGUCAUCAUCCCAGGCCUCUGGCUGGGCCCAAAACCCUACGGGCUCCUCGUGCACGAAAUGAAGAACGCCGCGCCCGCACUCACAGACUUCGUCUACGCCCCGCUGCUCUCAACAGGUACACGCAGCCCCGGGAAUCCAAGCAUGUACGACGACGCAAUGGGCAUCCGCGCGGUCAUCGAGCCGCUCGUGCACGCGGGGAAGAGGCUUGUACUCAUCGGACACAGCGCGGGCGCGUUCUUGUCUGCUAUGGCGACAGAGGGGCUGGAAGUUGGUGCGGAGAUCGCGACGCAGAGCGGCGGCGGUGUUGAGAGGUUUGUCUUCAUCGCGGGGGGGAUUUUACCCGUUGGUGCGCCGCAUCCUGAGAUGGGGAUGCUGGGGAUGAGCGUUGUGGACGGCCAAGCGCACUGCGCCGACCCCGACGAACUCCUUUUCCAUGACGUCGAUAAGGCCGUCGCGGCAAAGUACAAGCCCGUUCUCAAGGGCCAGCCCGCGGAAGGAUGGGUCGGGAAUUGCACGUACUGCGGGUGGGAGAGAGUGCCGAGCAGCUAUAUUCUGACUGAACAUGACCAAUCUCUCUCGCCGCAGAUGCAGGAGAUGUGCGCGGGGAUCGCGGGAUCGGAGGUCAUCAGGAUUCCGUGUGGACAUCUGCCGAUGCUGAGUGAGCCGAAGUUGCUCGCGGAGAAAGUUGUUGAGUGUUUGAAGUUGGGGCAGUAA